CUCUUACAGACCCUGACGUCAGAGCCAUUUGAGUACUGAGGAGCAACUUUUUACAAAACUACGAACAAAUGCGACAGAGCUUGCGCCUCGAAGGAACACUACUAGAAGGGGGUCGAAUGACACUUACCAAGCUCCUUUUUUCUAUUGGAUAAGUAGCAUUCUGGAGAGUCCACUACUGUAGUCUUUGCUCCCAACCGUGCGGACGAGCCUUUGUAAGAGGCUAUGUCAAAGGCAAUAGGACGAGGCAAUAGGUAUCAACGAAAGUCAUAGUCACUCCUUUCUUGGGUGUCUCCCAGCUUCCACAUCUGGGUAUCCAAUUGUAUCCAUCUACAGUCCUUGAUUCUUUGUAGCACUAGCUAGACGCUCUCGCACUUUGGCGCACAGCCUAUCGAGUUCGGUUCAGGUGUUCAGGCGAGGGAAAAGCUGCUGUCGCACUCGAGCGCACAGCCACUGUCUCGCUUGUUUCCUACACGAACGGGUAUACUGCUCUAGAACUGUUGGGACACAAGUAACACAAGACGUGACACAAGGACAAAAGUGCAUCAUUAGCCAUCAACCGAAACUGUCGCUUGCAGCUCCAGUGUAUUAGGCUUCCGCAUAUUUGCUGAUGGAUAGCUAUUAGCUCGAAACUCAGGGAAGAAGGAAGAAGACUUUUCUCACAAUUCUCAAUUGCGAAAAACGCCCGAUAUUGAGACCGUGAGAAACGCUACUUUUUCUUCCAUACCCCAAGCAUGUCUACUGACCUACUUCCUCAAGUUGGAUCUACCAUUACCAUCCCAAGCGGUGGGCCCGAAGAAGAAGGUAGCAACUACGGCGAUAAAAGCACUUGCUCUGGUUCCAUGAUGAGCAACUCUGCGGACCCUUCCCCCCCUCCUUCCGAUGCAUCAUCAUGCUCAUGCCCUCAAGUCAGGUUGACCAGGACCGUCUUGUUGCGGACCGUGUUUGUUCUGAGCCUGGCGACGGCCGCCGCCAUGUGCUCCUCGACGUCCUACACGGUGAUUUCUCGAUUGGAGACCGACGUUGGUCGUGAGACCUACGAGUCGGUCGCCGCGAGUGCCGUCCAAGGUGCUCAGGCCAUUGCCCAUCGCAAGAUCGAGGGUGGCCUGUUCAUGGCGAGCAUCAUGAGUUUUGCCUUUCCCGAUGCCCAUCAGUGGCCCUUUGUGGAACUCUACGGAUACACCGAAUUGAAUAAGCAGUUGGCGGGAAUGUCCUUGUCGAAUGAACACGGAUUGGCGCCUUUGGUAGAUCCCGACAAGGUCAAUGUCAGUGCCUUUGAAGACUUCAUGGAUAACAUGUAUCGUACCAAGGACUUUGAAGAUCAUGUGGGCUACUCUGACUUUGGUUUCGGAAUCUGGAAGAAGGAAGUUGGAGUGAACACUACUCAAUACAAGGAUGGGCGUCUUCAUGACACGGAACCCAAUGAUUACAAUGGCACUUCCAACCAUACCGCUCUGGUGCCAUUGAUUGAAGUGGGACACAAGAGAUCCAAGCAUUUGCUCGUCAACCUGCGCGCAGAACCAUUCCGCAGAGCGGCUGUGGACUCAAUGUUGGAUUGUGCCAACUAUCACGAAGACAAGAUGCCAACGAUGUUGGGCAACAAUACGGACGAGAAGAACUCAUCGCGUCCUUGCCUUGUUGUCUCGGACAUGUUUGAACUCUUGCAUGUCAAAGGACCAGCAGGAUUGAUCUACACUCCAGUCUAUCCGGCACAUGAUCCCAAUACCCUCGUAGGGAUCACGUCCACUGUCAUUCUGUGGGAGGAUGUCCUGAAGAACAUUGUUCCUGACUACGUGGAUGGGCUGAUCUGUGUCAUUUCCACAGAUACUCAGACAUACUCCUUUGAUAUACAGCAUGGACAACCAGUUUUGCUGGGUGAUGGCGACUUGCAUGAGAUUGCCUUUGACCACUUGGCACGUUCCGUCGUCCUGGAUGACUAUAUGACCGAGUCCGAAGCGUCCGUCAAGUAUGUGCUGACCGUUUACCCCACAACUAAAAUGAUGAGUGCCUUCCGGACCAGCAGUCCUUGGGUUGUGGCCUUGGGAUUUGUCCUAACGAUUGCCAUCUGCACUGGUAUCUUCCUGACAUAUGACUGGCUGAUGAGGUACGAGGUCUCUUAUCGACAGAACAUCAUGGAGAUCAAACGGCAGUACAUGCGAUUUGUGUCGCACGAAAUACGCACACCACUCAACACAGUUGUCAUGGGUCUGGAACUCAUUGAAGAUGAGCUUCGAGGAGGAAAGAAGCCCUCUUCGCCCCAACACAACCUUUUCAGCUGUGACCAAGCUUCCUCGUCUGCCGACGCAAAAAAAAAGGAGGAUACCUUCUUGCAUGAGGUGUGCGUGGAUGUUCAAGAGAAUGCGAACACAGCUGUUCAGAUGCUCAAUGACAUACUUGACUAUGACAAGGUUGAAUCCUCUACGUUGAAGCUGGAGCUCGACAAUGUGCCCAUUUGGACUUUGAUCAGCAAGACGAUUCAGCAAUUUCAGGUUCAAGCCUUGGGGUCUCACGUUGCAUUAAGGCUGAAACAAGAUGAUUCAAGAGGGAGACCAAAGAGCCUUAACGGCGAAGCUCACCUUGGAAGGCCUCGAUCGGGUUCACUACGCGACUUUGAAAGUGGAGUUCAUUGUGCUGCCGAGUUGGAGGCCACGACCGUCAUUGGCGACGGGACAAAGUUGGGACAAGUAUUCAGAAACAUCAUCUCCAAUGCCCUUAAGUUCACACCACCGGAUGGUACAAUCAACGUCAGGGCUAUCCAUGUGCGCGACGGCCUCCCCUCCUACCAGCUUCCGUCCUCAUACAAUCCAACAGAUUAUGAAUCCCAACAGCCUAGACGUGCCGGAUCCAUCCGGAUCCAGUUCAAGGACAGUGGUGUGGGCAUGACCAGGGAGCAACUGGGCAAGCUCUUCAACGAAGGCAUUCAGUUCGAUGUGAAUCGAUUGCAAAAUGGUGGUGGCAGUGGCUUAGGCCUCGUCAUUUCAAAGGGUAUCGUCGAGCAGCACGGUGGAACUGUUUCAGUCACCUCAGGUGGAAUUGGGCACGGCACCACAUUCACGGUUGAACUUCCGCUCUUUCAUCUUCCUUCUGAGCCAAGCAAAACGAUGGAUGACAGCACGGCUGCAUCUAUCGUGUCUGUCGAGGAGCCGCCUGAACCCACUGAACGUCGAGUGCUUGUCGUCGACGAUGUCAUGUCCAAUCGAAAGAUGUUAGUGCGCCUACUCGAGCGAGCUGGUCAUACUUGUGACACUGCCACCAAUGGAGAAGCAGCCAUUCGAGCGGUUGAGGGCGAUAUUGGGGCCGUCAUAGAGGACCGCAACCACGUUCCCUUUGAUUGCAUUCUCAUGGACUAUGAGAUGCCUAUCAUGAAUGGUCCUGAUGCUACGGAGAGAAUCCGAGAUCUUGGCUUCGGAGGUCUUAUCUUGGGCGUUACGGGUAACGUUUUGGCAGAAGACACCGACCACUUCCUCUCCAAAGGAGCUGAUGAGAUCAUCGCCAAACCAGUCAAAAUUGCAAAGUUGCAAGAAUCUUGGGAAAGGCUCACACCCUCUCGAAAACGAAAAUGGUCAGAAUCCAAGGACGGAAACGUGGACUCGCAACAGCAGAGACUAUUUGAUGUCUAAACAGUCAACUGCCUUGCUGGCCAAUUACAAAACACACAAGACAUUGCCAAGGCAGCAUUUCAACCAAAACCAAUCAAUCUUGCCAGCCAGUACCGUGUUGCAUCUCCUCCAUCCUGCAAUCCGCUUCGCAACCGGUACCGGCGCAGCCGCUGCAUCAAAGCAUCGCCACAUCACUUCCCAAGCGUCCUCUCUCCAAUUCCUAUGAUGUGGCUGGAAUGAUGAAUCACUCUGUACCAUAUAUGACAGAGAAUGCAUAGUUACACACGCCACCAGCUAGCUAGGGCUUCUUAGCUUGCCAUUAGAGUCGAGUCUACUACGAUAAGUGCUACAUUUUUAAUUUAAAAGAUUUACUUUUAAAAAUUUUACGAUGCUGAAACUAGAAUAUGAAUUUACUACCGUGCAACUAAAGGAUUGAAUGAAUC